AUGUCACUGUCAACAGAACAGAUAAGUUAGUCCUUGGUCAGUUGACGAACUGGUCGGGAGGUCUCUCUCCACACUCCUGUGAUAAGCUUUCCUUAUUUUUCUUAUUAUUUUUUCUCUUUCUACUUUUACGAGGACACUUUUCCAUUUGCGCGGUCCGAUGUCUCCACUGAGGACCUCGCGGCUCCUUUCGGAACAGGAGGUGGCCCGCCACUGCUCCAAGGACUCCUGUUGGGUUCUGCGGGGCACCAGGGUGUACGAUGUGACGGGGUUCCUCAGGUUGCACCCGGGUGGAGAUGCCCUGAUUCUACACAUGUCGGGGACGGACAUCGACCAGGAGAUGGAGGGGCCCCCACACAAGCACUCUGAUAACGCACGGAGAUGGAUGGAGCAGUACUAUAUCGGCGAGCUCGACAGGAACAGCUGUACCCACAAAGCGCAGACACUGAGAGAGAGAAGAACAACUCAGGGGACGACCGACGGCCACACACAGCAGGAGGAGAGAGAGGAAGAGAGAGAGGAGGGGAGAGAAGAGGGGGAGGAAUCUCCAUUCAGCCGCUACAGCACAGUGGACCUUGACAAGGACCUGGUGGACUGGGCCAAGCCUCUGGCCUGGCAGGUGGGCCACCUUGGGGAGCGGUACGAUGCCUGGGUCCACCAGCCGGUCGACCGGCCCAUCAGGCUGUUUGGGAACGCCUUCUUAGAGGCCAACACCAAGACCUCCUGGUACUGGGUCCCAGUGUUCUGGCUUCCCAUUAUAUUUUAUUUCAGCUGGCACUGCUUCGUCACGCUGGCCCAGGACAGCCCCCAGGUGUCCCUCACCCCAGAUUUCUCGAUUCCCGUCCACAAGUACAUGUUCCCCCUGCUGUUCGCCCUGGGUUGGUUCCUCUGGUCCUUCCUGGAGUACAGCAUCCACCGUUUCAUCUUCCAUAUGACGCCGCCAGGGCACAACUACUACCUCAUCACCAUCCACUUCCUGCUGCACGGACAGCACCACAAGUCGCCGUACGACGGCUCCAGGCUGGUGUUCCCCCCCGGCCUGGCCGCCGUGGUAACGGGGGGUCUGUACAUGGCCCUGCACGGCGUGCUUCCUGGCGUGCUGGGGGACUGCGUGUUCGUGGGGGGCCUCUGCGGCUACGUGGUGUACGACAUGAUCCACUACUACCUGCACUACGGCUCGCCCAAAAGGGGCUCGUACCUGUACAACAUGAAGGCCUGGCACGUCAAGCACCACUUUGAGCACCAGAGAGCAGGUUUCGGAAUUUCAACAACCUUCUGGGACCACCCCUUCAACACGGUCAUCCCCAAGGAGAGAUUUUAGAGCGACAGCCGCGGAAUCCCGCUCCGGAACUCAUCCGGACCGGGUGAAUCCUGUUAGGGAUGAACCCAUGCCGCCAGCCCUAACCCUGACCGGCGCUCCGGACUCGGGAGCGGACCGGGUGACACCGGCCCUUGCCCUUCACCUGUAUUUGUGUACGCAGGUCUAGGUUCAACAGUGAGAAGGAGGAUCCUCUCUUUCUUAUCCUUUCUUAGCUACAAGCAACCAAAGCCGGCUGCCGCCAAAAGUGGGACUUUUCCCUCCUAUUAUUUAUCAUCCCCCCCGCCCCUCUAGAGACCCCCCAUCUCCCGGCGGCUGCCAUGGCCAUACUCAAACAUACCCUUGUGUCUCAUUGGCCCAUGAAUAUCAAUCUCCUUUGGUAAACCACCUCAUAACAUAAUAAUACCAAGUCUUCUUGCUUUACACAAAGGUACAUAUAAAGAGGCUACUGUUUCAAGUAAAGGUGGGAACAUAGCUUGCUCAGAUGCACAUUCUAGUUUUCUAGGGUGCAUGAUUGUGUUUGUAUGCAGAAUAAUGUGGAGAAAAGGUGGUGGGCGAUGGGGGAAGAUUGUGAAUAAAAUGACCGUUAAGGGAACUCAAAUGGUAGAGAAAACAAGAAGCUCAACUAUGAGGGUGUGAGAGAUGGGAAGAGAAACCGAAACAGAACCCAUUAUUUGGUUGUCUAUACUAUUCAGCCAGGGUUCUGUAUUUAUCAAUCGAAAAAGCGGAGCCUUUCCUUACUGCACGCCGAGAAAAAAUGAUCUGAACUGCUUUGCACAAUUUUGCACGGAAUUACCGUCCUAGUCUCUCCUCAACACACCUUAUUUUGACGGAUGUUUUUUCAUGUCAAUGACCGUAAAUUGAAGAAAAAUCUAAUAUUUGGUUUAAUAUAUUGUGAUUUUAUACAAUUUCCUAAUCUUGAAAGAAAUCAUGUUAGGAGGGUCUGAUGUCUGGAACAGCAUAUAAGGGUCACCUAAUGUGGCACUCACACCAAUGUCAGUUUGUAAAAUGUGAUGUUCAGAAGACGAGAUGCAAUUCCUUUUCAAUUAAAUUUUUACAUUCAAUGUCUUUACAGUGUUGUGUAUCUGACGUGUAGGUGGGGGACAUAGUCCCCAAUGUGAGGGACGGAUGGAGAGAGUGGGGAGGGUCAAAUUCGAAGAAGCUAAAGAAAAAAUAGAUGGUUGAGGACACAGUGGAAGGAGAGAAUGAAAGAGUGUGUGGAUGCAUGGAUGGAUGGAUGCAUUCAUGGUUUAAAGGGGGGGGGGGGGGUGAAGCCAUCUUGGAACUCCUGUUGUGGGAAUCUAAGGUCUAUAUCUCAUGGUUCAGGAAAGAAAUUCCCGAAAUCCUAUUGGCUACUUUUGGGCGGUGAACUCUUCCCUGUAAUAGGGUUUUAAGGUUGUCCUGGAGGUUCCCACAGGCUGUCGAUUGGCUCAGGCAUCUGACCGGACAGCAGGAGGUUCUGAUUGGCUGAUCCUCGGACACUCCCACGAUUUUGGUUGACGAUGGUUGGACAACACUAAGAUAAACACACCUUUCAGGCCUUCUCAUUCUAGAAACCUCAAUCUGCACUGUUCCUUUGCUACGGCUGUAGUUUUUUUUUAAUGUAUUUAUGAAUGUAUGAAAUUAAUAUGAACUAUAAGAAUACCAUGUAUAAACUUCUAGAAUGAUUCUAGAACGUGAACUAUUUGGUGCGCUUAACUAUGCAGGAUAAAUGAUAUUUUCUAAAAUUGUUUACCAAAAUACAUAUGAACUCAAUGUAUAUAUGCUAUUGAUGAUUUAUUUAAAUAAAUGGAUAUUUCUCACCUGUA